AUGUGUAUAAGAGACAGAUACAUAGGUUAUCAUAAUAAACAGAAGAUAUUUGCUAUUGUAUUGGAGGGUCGAAGAUCAAGAAGUAAUCGUGGUAGGCGGCGACCGAGUACUGCCAGCUACCGAAAACUGGAUUGUACACUUGAAGAAGCUGUUACCUCGCAAUCAUCGAAGCAAUCCGUCAUGAAAUUUAUGAAUAUAUGACAAAAUAUUUGAUAUAAUAUCGAAGAAUCUAAUACUAAUUAUAUUUUUAAUUUACAUUAUACAUCGAGUUAAAUGUAUGAUUUAUAAGGUAUACAAUUUUUAUUAUAUUGCGGUUAACAUCUAUUAAACAAAUUUUAUGUGG